AUGGCAGAGAGGAGAAGUGGGGCCAGAGAUGUUUCAGGGAGGGUCCGCGGGCGGCACAGAUGUCAGCAUGAGAUUUGCUGCAAGCCAACCUACAUCAAACGCUUGAGCUCGGACAGUCUAGAUGGAGGAAAACUCCGAAGGAUAAGGAGCUUACUGCGCAAGGAGAGCUCUACGUCCAGUCUGCUGCCAGCCAUCCCUGGAGUGCCUGAAGACCAAAAGCAGCCGCUGACCUGCCAGCUGCAGGGCCAGGCAGAAACAGACAGCCAAGAAGACCUGGGCCGAGCCCCGGGAACCAAACACGUGAGCUUCCGUGAGGAAGAACGGGAAGCGGAAAAAGCCCAUCGUGUGGCUGCGGUGCUGAAGUUGCCCAAAGCCAACGAAUCUUUCAGCAACGAUUCCAGACCUUCCUCAAGGGCUCAGUCCAGCCCGUCGCAGGCAUCGCAAGGCACUCCAUCCCGGCUUCCACUUCUGGCAUGCGACUCAGUCAGACUUCUCAGGCGCAGGGCUAAGAAGAGCAGGCAGAAAGAACCUGAGGAGAUGGAAGCAUCAACAUCUCAGGCUGAGGCCAGCCAGCCGCAGGAGUCCUCUGCUGACAGAGCUGGAUUUCUGCCACCGAUAAACGAAGAAACACAGUCUCCUCAGCGUCAGCCUCCAAACACCAAAGCCCCACCGCGCAGGAAGGGCACACCCCUACCCACGCUGAUGCGGGCAUGGGCGCCCACUGAGCUCCAAGAGCUCACUCGAGCUGGCUGCAAAACAGAUGCUUGA